AUGCAAGAUCGAGCAGCGGUAGUUGAUCCAAUCCCCCCUAGACAAGCCCAAUUCUUUCAAGGACAACCAACGUGUGGUAUCAAAGCUUAUUGCAACAUUGGAUAUCUUCGUGACAGGCACAUUUUGAUUCGAUUUUCAUUAUGGCAAGAUUACGUAGAUUUCUCGUCAAAAGGUGUGUACUAUGUUAAGGAUAAGCAUGGGGAUGAAUAUCAACUAAGAACUUUGAUCUAUGAUGCAAAAUUUAAAGUUGGAGAGGAGACACCUAAGGUAAUGGCUUGGAUUUCAUUCCCUAAUUUGCAGCCUACAUAUUUUGUCAGAGAAUGCUUGUUCUCUCUAGCUUCUACUGUAGGUAAACCCCCUCACUUGGAUUUGGCUACUGUCAAGAAAACUAGACCUAGUUGUGCUCGUGUUAAAGUGUUGGUGGAUCUGCUAGCUGACCUCCCCAAGAAAGUUCGGAUGGACAUUGUCAAUGAAGUAAAUGGGGAUGUUAGAACUGAAUGGGUAACCAUUAACUAUGAUUAUUUGCCAAAGUACUGUAAAGAGUGCAAGUUACAAGGCCAUGGCAUGCUUGAAUGUUUGAGAAUUAAUCCUGAUUUAAGGGAAAGCAAAAAUGUCCAGCAGCAGGAAAAUGCCGAAAAUGUGAAACAAGGCACUAAGAAACCGGCAAAACAUGAUGCUCCUUUGAUGAUCCUUACUAGUGGUAAGGUAGUUGGUAAUGCAGGCCCUCGAUGGAAGGAAGUUCGAGACAAUAGGGGACUAAACAAAGGCAAACAAUCUGAAGUGCUAGAAAUUGAAAAUGGUGAGAUAAAUGAAGGUUACCAAUUGGUAGCUGUGGAGGAAACUCCAGUUCAAAAAACCACAA